AUGAUCUGGUUCUGUUUAUGGAAAGGCAGGUCAGAAUCAUUCAAGAUCUCGUCUUCGGGGAUCUACAGGACCCAGCCGCCUGCUGACCUGGAGCAGAAGCAGCAGCAGCUGGACGAGGCGUUGAGGCGAGCGGCGGAACAUCUCUCAGCUCUGCCCGACCUCCACGAGCUCAGGAGAGCCAGAGCUCGUCUGGAGGUUGAGAUCCAGCGAGCAGCAGACGGAGCGCUGCAUGCGGUCCACAAGUGGAAGGUGGAGCAGUUGAGUCAGCUAACCCAGCAGGAGGCCCAGUUCUCGUGGGGCCGUGUGCAGAAGAGGAGGAAGGAGCUGGAGAUCGCCAUGCAGAUGGCCAGAGAAGUGCAGCGCGUGCCCUCCCUGGAGCAGUACUGCUCCCUGGACAAGGUUCUGGAGACGCUGCAGGCUCCUGUGGAUCAACAGUCCGACGACAUUGAACGCAUCACCACCCAGAUGAGCUGUGUUUUCCAGUCACAGUGUGUGAACCAGAGUCUGACGUUGUCUCUGGAGAUGAAAGUCAGUGUCCCAAAGCAUGCAACGGGCCGGAACAGAAACUGUUUCUCCCCAACACCGGAGCAGCCGAGCCCGGCGGCCAUCGGACCGAGCUCACGAGGCUCCGCCCCCUGGCGCCGCAGCUCGACCUCGCAGCCCGUGAGUCCAGACGUAAUAGUGGAGGAGCUUCUCAUCGAGGGGCAAGAGACAGAUCCUCUGGCAGAUGUCCCUCCCACCGGCCCCCUGCUGGCCAAUGAUGUCCCUCCCACCGGCCCCCAGCUGGCCAAUGAUGUCCCUCCCACCGGCCCCCUGUUGGCCAAUGAUGUCCCUCCCACCGGCCCCCUGCUGGCCAAUGAUGUCCCUCCCACCGGCCCCCUGUUGGCCAAUGAUGUCCCUCCCACCGGCCCCCUGCUGGCCAAUGAUGUCCCUCCCAUCGGCCCCCUGCUGGCCAAUGAUGUCCCUCCCAUCGGCCCCCUGCUGGCCAAUGAUGUCCCUCCCACCGGCCCCCUGUUGGCCAAUGAUGUCCCUCCCACCGGCCCCCUGUUGGCCAAUGAUGUCCAUUCCACCGGCCCCCUGCUGGCCAAUGAUGUCCCUCCCACCGGCCCCCAGCUGGCCAAUGACAACAAGAGGUUCCACAGAAGAAUGAGCCAGUCGUUUGUCAACAAGACCAAUGUCACCCAGUGGGUGGUGGUGAGCCAUGUGGAGAGCCCCAGUAACUUCUACGUCCGCUACGUGGCGGAGAAGAGAGAGAGCGACAUCCUGUCCAAGAAGAUCAAACACUUCUGCUCCAGAAAGAGCUGCUGCUUCAGCUGCAGGGACUCGCUGGGCCCGGGCUGCCUGGUCUUCGUGAAGGUGGAGGAGAGGGUCUGGUGCCGGGCCACCGUGGUGGAGGUCUUCCAGGUUGGAGGCCUGGAGGCCGUGAAGACCUGCAACGUGUGCCAGCUGGCCCGAGUCCAGGUCUUCUUGCUGGACUCGGGCCUCGUCAAAGACCUGGUCCUCCAGGGAGAGGAGGCCCCCGAGUCCUCCCUGAAGGCCCUGGACCCCCAGCUGAGGGAGACCCCCGAGUCCUCCCUGAAGGCCCUGGACCCCCAGCUGAGGCGGGUUGGGAAGGGCGUGAAGAUGGAGCUGGACCACUUCCCUCCUCAGGCCAUCAGGUGCUCCCUGAAGGACCUGGUCCCCUACAACCCGACUAGGGGCUGGAGCAGAGCGGCCCAGCAGGAGUUCCUCAGCCUGGUGGGCUCCUCGGCUCUGGAGAUGAGGCCUCUGGGUCGGGACCAGGACUCUCUGCUGGUGGACCUGAGGAAGACCCCCAUGGACCAGGCCAGCGACCGGCCCAUCUCCGUCAGGGAGUACCUGGUCUUCAUCGAGGUGGCCAGGUUCUACUCCCCCCUGAAGACAGACAGGAGGCCUCGGCUCUACUCUCCUCCUCAGUUCCCCAGGAUGAACACAGAGCUGAAUGCUGUGGUGACACACACACACAGCCCUGCUGACUUCUACAUCCAGCUGGUUGACAACAUGGAGUUUGUGUUGCUGUCAGCGAAGCUGCAGGCCUGUUACAAUGAGACCAGAGAGGAGCUGAGCGUCUCCUGCCCCGUGCUCCACCAGGCCUGUGUGGCCCUCUACGAGGACAGGAAGUGGUACAGGGCACAGGUUACAGGUCAUCCAGGGGGCAGACAGGUGGAGGUGCAGUACGUAGACUUUGGCAAUAAGAAGCUGGUGUCAGUCAGCGACUUGAGGAAGAUCAAGGACGAGUUCUUCUCCGUUCCCUCCAGGGCCAUGCACUGCUGUCUGUCUGACGUGGUUCCUCCUGAUGGAGACACCUGGACUGAAGCCUGCAGACAACGAUUCAUCAGCCUGGCUCACCAGAAGCUGGUCAUCGUCAUGGCAACAGGAAAAGUCCCUAAAACGGAGCCUCUGCCCGUCAAGCUGUUUGAGAGCAGCCUGAACGGACCGCUGGACAACAUCACUGAGCUGCUAGUCAACGAGCAGCUGGCCUCCUUCACAGAGAGGAGACUCCUCUGGGAACCGGCCGUGUGGGACCCUCCUCUUGAGAUGGGGUCCACCCUGCCGGCCGUGGAGGAGGCGCAGAGCGAGGAGCCGCUGGACCUCCCGUCUCAGCUGAAGCUCCUCCAUCAACUCAAAGACCUGAAGGUCCGAGUCAGCCACGUCAACUCCCCGAGCAGCUUCUACGUCCAGCUGGUGCAGUCCAGCCCUCAGCUCCAAAGGAUGUGUGAGCUGGUGAAGGAGCAGUGUGAGCACCUGGAGCACCAGGACCUGGUCUGGAAGCUAGACCAGGUCUGUGCGGCUCGGGUCGACGGGGUCUGGGAGAGAGGACGGGUCCUCCACCUCCAGACCACCAGCGGCUGCCUGGAGGCGCUGCCGGCCGACCCGAGGGGACCCCUCACCGUUGAGCUCUUCCUGGACGGGCUGAGCCUCAACAGGAUCCUGACUCACCUCGAACACGCCUCCGUGGACCGGCCCGUCUCGCCACAGAAGGGACACUCUGAGCCGUCUCCUGCCCUCCUGAAUGAGUGGGACAUAGACAUUCAGGCUCUGAGGGGUCCAGAGGACACCGUGUUGGGGCCCUUCAUCUCCCCAAAGCUUCCUCCGGAAGGAGAACCGUUUCAAGUCCAAGUGAAACACCUGCGCACGCCCAACGAGCUGUUCCUGUGGCCUCUGGAGGGAUCAUCUGAGCAGCAUCUGGACGGGGAGGCUCUGGAGGAGGCUCUGAGCCGGAUCAAUGACGACAUGGAGGCCACACAGCAUCUCACCGACAUGCGCCAGGGCGGCCCGUGUCUGGCCCAGUACAGCGACGGGAGGUUCUACCGGGCCCGGAUCAACGAGUUCAGCGGCGUGGAGCCCGUCAGGAUCCUGGUCCAGCACGUGGACUUCGGCUCGGAGGACUCGCUGCCCCCCAGCAGGCUGCGCCGGCUGCCGGCCGAGCUGCUGCGCUUCCCGCCGCGGGCGCUGGAGGUCAGGGUGUCGGGCUUCGGGCCGCCGAGCGGCGGCGGGGAGGAGGAGGAGGCCGUGCUGUCCUACAGCCCCGGCUGGAGCCUGAAGGCAACCAUGGACAUGCUGCACAUGCUGCACGGCGACAUCACCGCCGCCAUCGUGGCGCGGGAGCCGGAGCUCACGGUGCUGCUGUACAACGAGGACGGAGAGCUGGUGCACCUCCCUCUGGUGAGCAGCGGGCUGGCAGAGCUGGAGUGAAGACGAGGUCAACGGUUUCCUGACGCCGUCUCUUGUGAUUUAAAGUUCUUUGUUCUAGUUUAAUUGUUUAUUAAAGUCGUUCUCAGUU